AUGAAGCGUAAUCGUGUCGAACAGCUCGAUGCAGAAUUACAGACCAUGCCGAAGCCAGCUGCAAAGAAGAUCAAGUCACAGAACAGCACACACGACCCGGAAUGGACACCUCGGGCUGCACCACUCGACUUCUUGUCCGAGUCCCCUUGGGAGCUCCCAGCAAAGAGCAACCAGAUCUCCAGUUUCGACCAGAACCAGAUUGCUCGCGAUGCACUAGAGACGAAUGUCAUACUUCAUCCAAGGUUGCCUCAGCUGUUCAGCUCGUUUCUAGAAUUCAAACGCAAGCGCGGGUCUAAUCUCGAGCAGGGUCUGUAUGCCCAAAUGAACGCGCACGAUCUGGCAGCCCGACUGAUCAAGAAGCGCGCGUUGCACUUUACGAAUGCCUCAGACUUCACUGUGCUUCGAGAUAAGCGAGUCAUUCCCAAUGCCCACCAAGACUGGCUCCGCGUAGGCAAAGACGACGAGGGCGAGAUCCAUCUGAAAGAUUAUCUAUCUUACGAUGAAAUGAUGCUUUCGUCUCUGAUCGGCUCCAGUGGACCCACUUUCUUCAUCAACACGGGCGCUCGGAACAAUGCAGCGAAGAUAGACGAGUCCAAGCUGCAUCAGAAGCGAGGGAUCAUAGUCGGCCUUGUCGGUAACAGAUUCCACGCGACGGGACAGAUUGACCAUCCGAUCUGCGGUUUGGGACACAACAAGAAGAGCGCAUAUGCUCAAGAUCCGAGACUGACGAAGAUUUUUCGUGAUUUCUUCGAUCCCGACAGCACUCCUGAGGGCGUCAAAAUGUAUGAUGCCGGAUACUUCCAGCAGACGUUCGACAAGAGCGUGUACAAGGGUCGUAUUAGAAUCUCCAUCGAGACGGCGCUCCUUGAGGCAGACAGUCGCGCUGCAGCAGAAGAAGUCAAGGCGCAUCUCUUCUUGGCCGGACUCGGUCUCGGAGUAUGGAGAGAAUUGCCACAGCAGCUUCAGUGGUAUUUCGAGGAGGUUGCCGCAUGUCUCAAGCGACUCGACCCGAAGCACGUCAAUGUUCUCGAGCUGGGAUGGGACCACUGUCCACCAGCUGUCAAGGACAAGCUUAUGGCCACGGGUGCGGAACAUGGCAUCAAGGUGCUGGUCAGCAGCAAGAGAGACCCUUGCGCAAAGCUUUCGUCGAACGACCUGCUCGUCAGGUGGUCCCUGAUCCCAACUAGGUCUUGCUCGUGCCGACGUGCAUAAAGUCGCACUUUCGGAGGCGAUCAUGGUCGGUUGUGCGGGAAGGUCGCGUAUCGCGGCCACAAGGACUGCAACAUGUCGCCAAAUGGCCAGGAGUGCGCAGAGGCAUCGUCGGACUUCGCGGUG